CCCAGGCACUGCCUGAGCGGGUGCGCCGGCGGCUUCCGGUGUGGCUGACGAGUGGUGGCCGAAGCAGGGGGACAGCAAGGGACGCUUAGGCGAGGACCAUGGCGGACGGCGGCUCGGAGCGGGCUGAUGGGCGCAUCGUGAAGAUGGAGGUGGACUACAGCGCCACAGUGGAUCAGCGGCUGCCCGAGUGCGAGAAGCUGGCCAAGGAAGGAAGACUUCAAGAAGUCAUUGAAACCCUUCUGUCUUUGGAAAAACAGACCCGAACUGCUUCUGAUAUGGUGUCUACGUCCCGUAUCUUAGUUGCAGUAGUGAAGAUGUGCUAUGAGGCUAAAGAAUGGGAUUUACUUAAUGAAAAUAUUAUGCUUUUAUCAAAAAGACGGAGUCAGUUAAAACAAGCUGUUGCAAAAAUGGUUCAACAGUGCUGUACAUACGUUGAGGAAAUCACAGACCUUCCAGUCAAACUUCGAUUAAUUGAUACUCUGCGAAUGGUAACAGAAGGAAAAAUUUAUGUUGAAAUUGAGCGUGCUCGGCUGACGAAAACAUUAGCAACUAUAAAAGAACAGAACGGCGACGUCAAAGAGGCAGCCUCCAUUUUACAGGAGUUACAGGUGGAAACCUAUGGGUCAAUGGAAAAGAAAGAGCGAGUGGAGUUUAUUUUGGAGCAAAUGCGGCUGUGCCUAGCUGUGAAGGAUUAUAUUCGCACACAAAUCAUCAGCAAGAAAAUUAACACCAAGUUUUUUCAGGAGGAAAAUACAGAGAAAUUAAAGUUGAAAUACUAUAACUUAAUGAUUCAGCUGGAUCAGCAUGAAGGAUCUUAUUUGUCAAUUUGUAAGCACUACAGAGCAAUUUAUGACACUCCGUGUAUACAGGCAGAAAGUGAAAAGUGGCAACAGGCCCUGAAAAGUGUUGUCCUUUAUGUUAUCUUGGCUCCUUUUGACAAUGAACAGUCAGAUUUGGUUCACCGAAUAAGUGGUGACAAGAAAUUAGAAGAAAUCCCUAAAUACAAGGAUCUUUUAAAGCUUUUUACCACAAUGGAGUUGAUGCGAUGGUCCACACUUGUUGAAGAUUAUGGAAUGGAAUUAAGAAAAGGUUCUCUGGAGAGUCCUGCAACCGACGUUUUUGGUUAUACGGAGGAAGGCGAAAAAAGGUGGAAAGACUUGAAGAACAGAGUUGUUGAACAUAAUAUUAGAAUAAUGGCCAAGUAUUACACGAGGAUAACAAUGAAGAGGAUGGCACAGCUUCUGGAUCUGUCUGUUGAUGAGUCAGAGGCUUUUCUCUCGAAUCUAGUAGUUAACAAGACCAUCUUUGCUAAAGUAGACAGAUUGGCAGGAAUUAUCAACUUCCAGAGACCCAAGGAUCCAAAUAAUUUAUUAAAUGACUGGUCUCAGAAACUGAACUCAUUGAUGUCUUUAGUUAACAAAACCACACACCUCAUAGCCAAAGAGGAGAUGAUACAUAAUCUACAAUAGGGGUCUUCAUGCCCUUACUGCUUUUAGAAAAGAGUUAAAAUUGGAAGUCAUUUAAAAAAAAACAAAAAGACUUUUAUGGUGUAUAUGUUGUUUUUUUUUCUUUGCUCAGCUCUUUUGUCUAAAAUUUAAAAGAUAGUGAAUAUGUUUGAGGCCCCUUUCAACCUUUCAAUUCCUCAGUUUCAUUGUUAACUUUGCAUUUGCAAUUGGUGCAUUUCUAUUGUCUGAGUACUCAAAAAAUUGUCAUAACUUGCCUACAUAUGUUUUUCUGUCAUUUGAAACCUUUUUAGCUAUUACUUGUUUUCAUUCAGCUAACAACCAUAAUUAUAAUAAAAGCAGCAUAUGCACAUUUA